AGCGGGAGAAAGACUUGCACUGAUGCCGGCGCGGUCGCUCUCACUUUCGUUUGCGGGGUGUUUGGGGGCUUCGUCUCGAUCGCGGCGGUCGUCGGUCGGUUGUGGUGAUCGUCGUCUAGAUCGUGAUCACGUCGACAAGGGAGAAUACCGCGAGCUGGCAGAUCUCUGUUUGGACUUUCUCUCGCUCCGCGAUCUCCGCGAUGCUAAUUUCUCCCUCGAACGUGUACAAGAUUGGAGAAAGAGCGACAUUUGUUGGGGCUAGCCUCCAAGAGAUUGAGGCUUGGGAGUUUGGGAGCCUAUGGUUUGUCGGGGUGGUUGGUAACCAGAUCUUCCAAAUUUGGAUAACCCGCCGAUCAGUCUUACGGUGACGGUUGUGUACGCGAGUUCAAUACCGCUUGAUAAACGAUCAUAACGAAAAGAGCGUGUGGAAUGUUUUUGACGAACUGGAAUUUCGGCGUUGUGUGAUUCUAGCGUUGCGUAAUCGAGGAAGAUCGGGAAGAGAAAAAGGGAUAAACAUGGAAGGAUUUUUCUACCUGACUACCGGUUGGACCUGAUUCGGAACAUCCUUCGUGGCGGCAGGGGCAAAGGGAAUGAAUGCAUUCAACUGACUUCUUGGGAGAAACAACUUGAAAUUGGAUUGUUUUGUGAAGUUUUCGUCGAAUCGUUACAGCCAUCAUUAAGUUGAUGGAACAGUCGUUAAAUACGAUACAAUGCUCUGGCAUCACCAUUGUGAGAAUUCCUUGAAGAAGAAAUCAGUGAAAGAAGGACGGAACAUAGAUGUGAAGAUACCCAAAGACGAAUCUGGAUGGAACGAAAUGAUUUUGAACAACGAGAAAUAGAUUACUAUGCGCCUAUCAUAGUACCUUCAUCUAUGCUCAUGUGGGAUCUUUCCAUUCAAACAGAUUCUGGCUCAUUUCGGGACAGAUGCAGAGGUGAUCGAGGUACACCUCUGCUUCGGUAGCCAAUGGGACAUCAGUAGGAAUUGGAGACUCUCGGUGUGUGAUUGUGCUCUGGAGUGACAAAACGCUAUCAGUUUCUGACAACAGUUAUGUAUGCUAAAAAGAGUGAUGCAAGUGAUCUUUUGAUGUGGAUGUAACCUUCUAAUGGCAUUAUCGAAUUCAACAUUGCGAAAACAGGAAGUGAAAUAACCAAAGUGCAACUGAAGAAACCACUCACCCCAAAAGGUACAUGCGUAAUCCUUCGACUCCGAAGCAAAUCGAAUUGGGGCAAAUCCAAGAGAAGAAAAAAAAAUCCCCAAGCAAUGUAGUGAAAGUGGAAGUUUUAAAACCUUCAUGUUCAUCUGAGAAAAAAAAGAAUCGAUUUUAUUGUGCAACCUUACUGUCGGACAGCAAAAACAAAAAAAUAAAGAGAAACCCGCAGUUUUGCAUUACAUCCAAGGAUACCCAAUUUCGCUCGGAGUACGGAUUCUUGCUGAGCUGUUUUGUUCGUCUCAGCGCAUCGACAGCGACAUCUACGCCGCCGACGUGUGCGUUACCUUCACAUUUUGCGGAUCUGAACGUGCGGCGCCGUGAGCGGAGAAAAUCAUCGAAAUGAAGAACGUGUGGCGAAUAUUUCUUCUGCUUAUGGUAUUGAAUGAUUUGAGUUUAAUUAGUUCGGAGCCGCAGUAUCAGCAACAGCAGAUCCAAUUGCAACCGCAGGGGAACUAUAACAAUAAUGUGAAUAACAACGUGAACAACAACAACUAUUAUGGACCUCAACAGCAAUUUCAACAACAGCAACAACAACCUCAACAGCAACAGCAACCACAACAGCCGCCUUAUCAGUAUCGAGCGCCACCUCCACCAACGACGGCUGCUCCAACAUUUUUCCAGAGACUCACAAGUUGGUUCAACUUCUUUGGAGAUGAUAGCGAUGACAGGCGUCCUCUGCCGCCAAGAAAACCACCGGCUCCAAAUCCACAAGUAGCCCAACAACCUCUUCCUCCACCCUCUCCUCCUCCUCCUCAACUCCAACAGCAAUUUCAACCUCAACAGCCACAGGCAUUUCAACCUCAGCAACAACUUCAGCCUCAACCAAAUUCUCAGUAUGUCCAGUUUCCACAACCACAGCCAAAUGAGCCCAUUCAGAAUGGGAGUAGGAUUGGGAUUGUCAAUACCAACUACGGACCACCAGGUUUUAAUAGUCCACAACCAAAUGGGGGAUUUCAACCUAUAGUUCAUCAAAACAACAACUAUCAAGCAAGUGGAAGUAACUAUCAUCCAGUGGCAAAUGCGCUUCCUCCGAGCAAUAACAUCCAAGGUCCCGGUUAUCACUAUCCACCCCCAGCACAGGCAGUACAACAACCACAGAAGCCAUAUGUUCCAUCGACAUUGCAACAGCAUAUUGUUGGUUCUCAACAGGACCCAAGGAUACUGAGGCCGUCACAACCCUAUCAUCAGAACCAUCAGUAUCGUGAUCCAGAACCAACGACCAUUUCUCCUGGGGUUGUUCCAAUUCCUGGUGCAGUGCCAGUACCUGAAGCUCAGAACCCCAAUGACUUUGACUAUCAUCCCUGUAAUAAUGUGCCAUGGGUUCCUUUGGAACCGCCACCUGGACAACUCCCCGUUACUCAACUGCCUCCAAACGCUAUACCUGAUAUUAGUGCCCCCACCAAACGUCCUAUAAAACUUGAGAUCAGACCCAAAGGUCAAGUUCACUCGGUAUCUCAUUAUCCACCUUCCUUACAAAACCAUGAACCACCGAUCAUCACAGCUGCUCCUCCACCGCAACAUCUGAUUCAACUACAACUUCAGCAACAACAGGCGCAACUCCAAAAUCUCCAACUACAACAACUUCAGCUCCAGCAGCAGCAACUUCAGCAACAGCUCCAGCAACUUAAGGUUAGUACAACAGCAGAGCCAUCGUUACUUCCAACGCCGACGACGACACCUUUCAUACAAACAGCAGCCCCACUGGCUGCUCAUUUUGUGACUCGAAAACCUGACGCGCCACAACCAAGCUCAGCUCCGAUAACCUUCCGACAAGUCUCUGCAUCGUACUUCACCAACAAAGACUACCAUCCUCCGGCCAAAAUUCUACCAAUUCAGGACGAAGACAAGCCUCACGCAUCAAUCUCACUUCCAAACUUGAGCGCAUCACCUGCGCCUCCUCUCUAUACAGCAACCUCUUUCCAUUCGGACCCGUACAAGUUCUACCGACCGUACAAACCUCGUGACAAUAUCAUAGAACUGGGCUACGGCUACCCACAGUCACUGAAAUCUAUGUCUGACAGCUACAUACGAUACAACAGACCGCCGUACUCUGGAAACAGGCCUAACCAAUCAAUUUUCGACGUUGAACAGGUUGCUUCAUCAUCCUCCACGGUAUACACAACGGUAGCCUACUCGAACGAGGACUCCAAACCUGCGGCCUCGGAGCAUCGAAACGUAACCAUCACCGGCACUAAUCAACUGUCCGCCGAAGACGAAGAUUACUCUUCGGAGGAAGACGAUGAUCAAAUUAAGGGUGUGACAGUCACCUUCCCGGUGGAGGUAACUAGUGUCGUGCCGAAAACUCGCUACUAUUCCUCAAGAACGACUACUACUGAAAGACCUACCACGUUACCAUCUUCACUACCUCCGCCAACAGAUCCAGAUGAACUAGGAAAUGGACUUCAAAUAAUCUACUCUGCCAAUCUACACACCAGUUCGCCACUUGGUAAUAAACAUUUCCAAAGACAGUUACCUGAUUCGGACCUAGACCAUCCGGAUCUACGUCCUCCAGUGAAUUUAUUCAGUAACAUACUCAGCGAAGAGGAAGACUCUGUACCCAAAGAAACAAUCCCUACAACAGUAUCAACUCAGGCUCCGCCCACCAGGUCGAUAGAUAGCGUACUGACCACACUAAAGGUCACUCCCAACCGUCCGACACUCUUCCAACUUUACAGAAAUACCGAAGCUCCCACCACAGAAAAUACCACUCCAAUUCCUCGUACGGUAACCACCGUUCCUCCAACUGCAUCAUCUCAUCUAUCCUCUAUGACGGCAGCUAUCGGCGGUCAUAUCAACACUGCUUCAACCAAAAAGCCAAAACAAAUCCAGAUCAUCAUCCCCUAUAGCACCUACAAAAAGCCCGAGCCGUUCAAACCCAAAGACCGAGACGAAAUAGAUCACUCACCGGCUGCAUCGAACAUUGUGACGUCCACUUCUGGAACAUCAAUAACUACUGCUCCGACCAAGUCCCACUUUGUCACCCGGGAAUCCAUGAAGUACUUCCAUUCCUCAACCAACAUCAAAGACAUCCUUCGCAAGGAAACCACUCGUCCCUUCUCUCGACCACCAACAACCGUCCCGGAGAAACCAACCAAGCUCAAGAAAGUCGAACCUGUCAAAGUAUCCAAGGACUCCAAACCCUUCACACCGCCCCGUGUCCCCAAGAUGACCCCAAUGCCUCCGGUGUUCAACCUUACCGGACUGUCCGCCGACCAACGGCUAGAACACACAACAACCUUGCCACCUCGAACCUUCCGACCGACAAUCAUCAUGGCGCAUCCAUCCAGGUUCACACCGAACUACAUCAACAUCACUCGGAUGCGACCUCUACCAACCAGCCAUACCUACUCCCCGCGAACCACCAUUUCCCAGCUACUCCGCACCACCAAAAUCCACACUAAACCUCCGAAACCCCAUCCCAACGAAGACCAAGAACUCCCCUCCCGAUCGCUCCCUCCCAUUGUAUAUCGACGAACUACAGUCCCAACGACCACGACCACAACCGAACAGCCCCUAACAACCCCCAUCCCGAUCUACGAACGCAACGAGUGGGACAUCGACCCCCUCCUUCUCCAGCGACGAAUCGACACCUGGACCGAACAGCAGUACGCCAGCGAAGACUACCUGUUCAAAUCGAGCACCAUCCCGUUGCACCGGGUCACCAAAGCCAUCCCGUGGGAGUUCCUCACGACCACCAUGCUGCCAUCGCUCCGGGACCGUACCAAGGGGCGGGACAGCUGGCGCAACGUCAAAAUUGCCAUCUCGCCGCACACCAAGGAGAAGGUGUACGUGGUGACGCCCCAGCCAUGGACGGCCAUCAUCAACCAGGAAACGGUAUCGUCACCGCGGUUCUCCAUAAGGCCGACGCCGUUCUACCAGAAGGGUGCGAUUAGCACCGUUGGCGGCGUGAGCAGUAGCAGAAGUCCAACCAGGAGCAGCAGUAGUAGAGGUGGUAGUAGUAGCACAGGAUCGACUGUGGAUGUUUCACCGGAAUCAGUGAACGAUCUGGUGGAACACAAAUCGAAACUGCACCGAGCAACACUAAGUCUGGCCAAGCUGAAGCACCGCAAGUACGUCCGCCAGAAAACUUUUACCCGGGCGCCGUUCCGUCCCUCCUCCUUGUCACCGUCCCGAUCGAGCAGCUUCACUAGCAGCAGCAGCUUCAGCAGUAGCAGCAGCACCAGCAACGAAUCGGCGUGACGCGACGCCUCACACACCCUAG